CCUCCCCCAGGUCCACGCAUGCCCAUCUCCUCCACGCUGGUGGGACGCACGCGACCGGCGCAAGGAGGACGAUGAGCAGUUUGUGGGGUCAGGCCUCCCAUCAGUUCAUGUCAAGGCUGCUGCUAGCUAGCAGCAGCCUGCACUGCCAGCCACGGUGCCACUUCGGUCCCCUGUGCCCACCGGCCGAUGCCAGCUUUUGCCUGGGAUCUGGCACAGCCCCGAUGCCUGCGCCCAUCUGAGGGACGCUGCCUUCCUCUGGAGCCACCGGACCGGCAGGACCGCGGAGCCGGCGCCCGGGCGCCGGGAGAGGCUGAGAGAUGGCCGAAGGGGAAAUCACGACCUUCACCGCCCUGACCGAAAAGUUCAACCUUCCCCUGGGGAACUACAAGAAACCCAAACUCCUGUACUGCAGCAACGGGGGCCACUUCCUCCGGAUCCUCCCAGACGGCAAAGUGGAUGGGACCAGGGACCGAAGCGACCAGCACAUUCAACUCCAGCUAAGCGCGGAAAGCGUGGGAGAGGUGUAUAUAAAGAGCACGCAGUCUGGGCAGUACCUGGCGAUGGACACCAACGGGCUGCUCUAUGGCUCGCAGUUACUGGGUGAGGAGUGCCUGUUCCUCGAAAGGCUCGAAGAAAACCAUUACAACACGUACGUCUCCAAAAAGCACGCAGAUAAGAACUGGUUUGUUGGUCUGAAGAAGAACGGGAACAGCAAGCUGGGGCCGCGGACUCACUAUGGCCAGAAGGCGAUCCUCUUCCUCCCGCUGCCUGUCUCAGCCGACUAAGCCCUGUCCUGGGAGCUCAGAGACGACCCGAACCCCAGAACCCAACCGCCACCUCCUCCUUUUCCCUCACCCUCUCUUUUUUUGGCUAGUAUGACAGAGCCAAACGUUAGAGCUCUGAGCUUUAGGUAAAGGCUUUACCACAGAUAGACAAAGCAGAGCUCCUCCGCUCUGCACAAAGCUUUGCAGAGAUGAGGGGAAAAGCCCCGACACCCUCCCAAGGUCCACCGGCCCCCCCGCCUCCCCCCACCCUCCGUCAGCAGUGUGGGGCUGGCACGUGCCGUGACCACGCUGCAGGUCCCGGGGACACGCGCAAACCUGCCCCGGACAGGUGCCCCGGAACGGGGCCAAGGACACCCCAAGGACACCCCAAGGACACCCCAAGGACACCCCACGUCCCAGGGAAAUGCAUGCUUUUACUGUCCCCAGGCAUUCAGAGGCAAAACCUCCCUGGAUUCUCUGUACAAACAUAUUUAUCCAUCUAAGUAUGUAGCUUGUAAUAUGCCCAAUUUCAGAUUGCACCACCAGUGAUGCUAUGGAGUGCCAGCCUGGCUAAACGCUUGCAGAUACCCUCAGCGUAGGAAGCUAAAUUAGCAUCAGCCAAACGCUCCAAGCCCUAGGCUUCCUAGCCUCCCUUACCACAUGAAUAUUGCCAUGUUUCAUGCUAGUACCUGCCAUAUGUUAUUUGUAUUUAUUUAUUAAGUAAACCUGUCUCUCCUACAAUCUGUUCAUAAGUAAUUCCAGGCACCAACCCCCCUCGACGUUGUCCCAGUGAGGAUGGGGCAGCGUGGGAGCCACUGAGGUCUGAUGUUGAGGGUGGGAUGGUGCAGCAGGAACGGGCUGCGUGGUGGUGGCAGCGCAUCGCAUCGCAUCCCGUUCCCAGGGGGCUUCCUCCCACCCCUCCCGGAGCCUGGCUAAAUGGGGCUCUAGAAAUGGCACCGGGGCCCCACGGUGACUCCCAAACCCUCCGUGAAGUUGAGUUUCUCCUCUCCCGGCAUGAAGCAGAUCUCCCGAGCAGCUCAAGAGCCGCUCCUGCCAGGUGAAAGCAUCACAGGGGCAGCACGCUGCCACGCUCUACCCUGGCUCAUCGUCCCCCUUGGGCACUUGCGGACGCCCACGCUGACCAGGCACGAGCUGCACGGGGGGACAGGUCAGCCCAGGCACCAAAGCCUUGCUGAGUCAGCGCUUCUCCAAUUGCUUCUUCCUGAGUGGCAAGUGCAUUUACCCCACAGCGAGUUUCCUCAUGUGUAGACUAGCCCAAAGCCUUUAACUAAUCCUUUCUGGUGAUGGUGCAUUAAAAAGGAAAUUGGGAACAGGUUUAACUCCUGUACGGCGGUGUGACUUGUCACGGCCCGGCUGCGGGUGAGGUGCACGCGGAGAUGUGGCCAGGGGUGCCGCGGUCAAUGGGAUGGAUUCGGCAGUCGCAGAAGCAAAAGCGUAGCACUCCUUUGCUGGUGCGAGGCUGGAGCUGUGGCAAUGCCAUGCAGCCCGUCCCGGCAUUGCAGCGGGGGGAGCGCUGCCGAAAUUCAUGUUCGGCUCAGUCCUCCUGUUGGUCUCAGACUGAGGUCUCAAGCUGUAAAUAAAAUACGCUGGUACAGUGGCAGAACAAUAAAGUUUGAUAGGAAAUAUUGCA